CAAUUGUUAAUUAAAACAUUUGCGGAUUAUAAACAAAGCUAAAAUGGUGCGCAGCUUAGCACAGUGGACCAAGACGUUGAGUUUUCCCUCACGUCUGUCACCCAAUCGCAACUCCAAGGAUUGCAGCACACUGGCCAGUCCAGUGCCGCCACCAACGCCGCCGCGCAAUAAAACCAAAGGACAUGGCAACUGCGCCACCUCACGCUCCUCCUCGUCGACAGUCUCCUCCUCACACUCGUCGGCAGCUUCACACAAUUCGCCCACACCGAACAACAAUAAUAUGCCCAUAACGGAACUGGAACAGAUUAUCUAUCCCGGUCCUGAUCCCAAGCAGGCGAUCAUGGGGUCGCUGGUCUUUUGCAUACACCACAAGCAAGGCUGCAAGUGGUCGGAUGAGCUGCGCAAGCUCAAGGGACAUCUGAACACAUGCAAGCACGAUGCCACCCAGUGUCCCAACAAGUGUGGCGCACAGAUUCCACGCAUUAUGAUGACGGAUCACUUGCAAUACACCUGCAACCAGCGGCGCACGCGCUGCGAGUUCUGCCAGAGCGAAUUCUCUGGCGCUGGACUGGAGGAGCAUAAUGGCAGCUGUGGCCAGGAGCCGGUCUACUGCGAGGCCAAGUGCGGGCAGCGUGUGCUGCGCGGUCGCAUGUCCCUGCACAAGUCCAAGGACUGUGCCAAGCGCUUGCGUCGCUGUGCUCACUGCCAGCGCGAGUUCUCGGCGGAUACGUUGCAGCUGCAUGCGGCACAGUGUCCCAGAACUCCAUUGGUCUGUCCACAGCGCUGCGAUGCGGGUCCCAUAGCACGUGGGGAGCUGGAGGCGCAUUUGCGCGAUGAGUGCCAAUCGCUGGCGCUGCCCUGCAGCUUCAAGGAGGCGGGCUGUCGCUUCAAGGGACCACGCCAGCUGCUGGAGGCGCAUCUGGAGAGCAGCGCGGCCGCUCACCUGUCGCUAAUGGUGUCGCUCAGCUCGCGCCAGGGACAGCAAAUACAAAUGCUCAAAUCUGCCGUUUCCAAGCUGUCCAUCAACUACACAGGCACCUUGCUCUGGAAGAUCACCGAUUGGACUGCCAAGAUGAGCGAGGCACGCGGCAAAGACGGCCUCGAGCUCGUCUCGCCGCCCUUCUACACCUCACAGUAUGGCUACAAGCUGCAGGCCUCCAUGUUCCUCAAUGGCAACGGCCCAGGCGAGAAUACACACGUCUCUGUGUAUAUCAAAGUGCUGCCUGGCGAAUACGAUGCGCUGCUCAAGUGGCCCUUCUCGCAUUCAAUUACCUUUACGCUAUUCGAGCAAGGAGCGCAGAGCGGUCAGGGCGGCGUAGCCGAAAGCUUUGUGCCCGAUCCCACUUGGGAGAACUUCCAACGCCCGUCCAAUGAGCCCGAUCAGCUGGGCUUUGGCUUUCCACGUUUCAUAUCGCACGAGCUGCUGCACAGUCGACCCUUCAUCAAGGGCGACACUGUCUUCUUGCGUGUCAAGGUCGAUCCCAGCAAAAUCGUAGCCGUCUAAUUCGACUACGCCUUAGCCUUAGUCUCUACACACUCAACUCUACUAAAUACUGUGUAUUUUAACUGCUUGAGUGCCACCCACUUCCCCCACCCCCCAAUUUCUUAGUCUGUACAUAAGCAGCGCCCGCUUCGGGCCUUGUUAGCUGACAUAUGCUAACGAGCCUUGGUAAUGCCACACGCUGUCAUAUAUAGUCAACAUAUAUAUAUAAUAAGUACAUAUUAUAUUUUAAUCAUUUUGCAGUGCUGGAAUUAAACCAAAUACACACCAUACAUAAAAAAUUUAAAAAAACAAAUAGAAACCGAACAUUUAAGCUUAACACAAAAUAAUUUGAUAGCUUAGUGUAAGUUUGUGUCUUAAGUCAUUUGUAUUUUUUUUUAUAUACAUAUAUAUUUAUAGUGCGCGUCAUCUAACGGCGACGACGUCUGUCAACACUUUCAAAAGAUCUUCAUUUUAUAGAUCAUACGUUAUAUGAAACAAAUUGCUUGUACAUAAAAAACUGCAUUAAAACGCAUUUGCAACAAAUAUUUUUUAUAAGUUCUUUUAACAUUGCUCGUAAGCCAAACGCAUUAGUCAUUAGUACCAUGAACAUGAAUAUAUAGCUAAUAGAUACACUAGUAUACAACUUUGAAUAUAGUCAGCCUAAGUUUAUGUUUUAAUGCCAAGUCAAACACUGAAAUAAAAAUACAAAUAUA